CGAACAGAUGAAAUGUCGUUUGCUUAGUAUCAUUAUGCGUCUAACUUCUUAUACUGGUUUUUACACUGCAUUAUUUAUUUUUCAAUAUUAAUGUUUUAUCCGACGCCGUUCACAGUCAUUGGAUCUGUUUUUAUAACCAGGAAUCUGGUUAUUUAGCCAACCGUUCAAGUACUAAUAAGGAUACCAAUCCAAUCUUCAUGCACUGGUGGUUGAGAAUGACGGGCAAGGGCCUGAAACGCAAGCUCCUGGAGGGUCCUGAAGGGGGCGCCGUUGUGUACGAGAGCCAGCGGCAGUUGGUGCUGGACAUCUCUCUGGACAAGUUCCAGCACUGUGGAAUGCUGGCCGAGCCCAGCCUCCUACGAUCGGUGCUCAUCGGCAACACCCUGCGGCAGAUCCAGGAGGAGAUCCGUCUGGAGGUCGCGAUGGGCCAAGUCCCGGGGGCCCGUCCCCUAGGAGAGGCCCCCCUCGGGAGCCGCCCGGCGGGCCGGGAGGACGCAGGCGAGGACUGGACAGCCCUGUCCUCGGAGGAGGACUUCUCCUUGUCUUCGGCCGUCUCCUCCAUCCUCAAGGACCUGGACACGGUCAUCGACGGCGGCCCAGGGGGCGGGCGCACGCCCCUGGGGUCCAUCGAAAACCUGCAGGAGGGCGGGGCGGGGCCGCGGCGGGCGGGGCCGCGGGGGGAGGCCGCCGUCUUCGGGAGCCUGGAGGUCAUGCGCUCCAGCUACCUGCGCGACGUGGCGCUGGACGACCUCUUCCUGGACAUCGACACGUCGGCGUGCGAGCGGGACCUGCCGGGCCUGCCCUCUCCCGCCGGCUCGCCGUACGGCCACGGCCUCAGCGCACGCGACGGCAGCGACCUGGAGCACAUCAUGGAGAUACUGGUGCGCUCCUGA